AUGCUGAAUUUUCAUCCCCAUACUUUAGCCAAGACAUAUUUGCCUUCUGUGAAAGGAAGAGUGAAUAGGCUUUGUAUUACUGACAAUUCGAAACAUUUUAGAUCCCAUAGUCGCCUGAUUCCAACUCUUAGUAACUUGCUCAUCAUACCCUGGUGCCAAUCUCCACAUGUUGAAAUAUCUAAAGGGCUUUUUCCCAAAGCUCCUAUCCAAGCAGGAAUACAGCUGAAAGGACUGGAUAUCAAGUAUUGGGUAGAAACUUCUCUCUUUAAGAUUGUCAGUCAAAUUGGUGACCCGUUGCAAGUGGACAAUAUCACAAAAAAUAGAGAACGGCUUCAAUAUCCAAGGAUUCUUGUACAGGUUAGCCUAUCACAGGAAUUCCCUAGCUCGAUUUCUUUUACUGAUGAAUUUAAUCAUGAUAUUGAUUUGGAGGUUAAAUAUGAAUGGAUCCCCCUUGUGUGCUAUCAUUCUGCUGGUAUUGGUCAUGAGACAAAUCACUGCAGGACGAAAGAGAUAGUGGAGGAGAAGGGGAAGCAGGUUUGGGUUCCAAAACAAAAACAAAGUAAGGAAAAAGAGGGGAUUGAUGAAGAUGGCUUUCAGAAGGUGACUAAGGGGAAGAAAGUUGUGGUGGAAGAGGAGGUGGCUCCAACCGAAGUAAGGAACAUGUUUGAUUCACUAACGGAGCAAAAUUAUAUUGGAGGGGGGGAGAUUCCUCUACCUCCAAUGGAUAGGCUGCUUUGUUGGAACGUAAGGGGGAUUAACAGUCAACAUAAAUAUCAAGAAAUCAAGCAAUUGAUUCAAUCUAAGCAAGUUGGCUUGGUUAGUCUCCUUGAAACGAAGGUACAGAAUAAAAAUAUGGGGAAAGUAUACGCUAGUCUUUUUUCGGGUUGGUGUUUUUCGAAUAACAAUUCAUGGUUGGAUAAGGGGAGAAUAAUAAUGGCUUGGCAACCAAAUGUUUACACUGUCGACAUUAGGUUCUGUUCAAGCCAAAUCAUGCACUACUUUGUGCAGUUCAAACAAUACCCAGGACAUUUCCAACUUACUUUGAUUUAUGGAUUUAAUGAUGAGAAAAAAAGAGAGCAGAUGUGGAUAGAUUUGGAGGAAUUGGGCAAAAACAAUAAGGAAGCAUGGCUAGUAAUGGGAGAUUUUAAUGAAAUCCUUAAUGCUAGUGAGAGGGUUGGCAAAAGAGCAGAGAAUAAUCUAUCACAACGGUUUAGAGAUUGCACUGAACAAUGUGGUUUGAGUGAUAUGAAGUUUUCAGGUAAUUUUUUUACCUGUAAUAACAAGCAGAAGCCAGAUGACAGGGUAUUCUCUAAAAUUGACAGGGCCUUGGUGAAUUCGGACUGGGUGGAGUCCUUUGCAGAUUUAGAAGUGUAA